UUGACUCAUAUUCAUCCGUCAUCGACGACUAUACGCAUACGAGGUUAUUUUAGUUAGUAUCGCAAAUUUCGCGCCUUUAAGGAUGUUCCAUAUUGAACGUGUCUAUCAUUUAAUCGGCGAACUCUAGUGGAAAUUUCUGUGCCCGAAUAUGUUAAUAUUUGUGAAAUGUGUUCCUAUUUGUAAAUAAUGUUUUAAACACCUUGGGUCAAAACUGUCGGAUUUAACGGCCCUUACGGACCAACUUCGAUAUAGCGCGUGACGUGCGUAACCAGCGUCAUGUCAGUGUGUCUCGAAAGCAGUCGGCCGCGGGACGGUCUAAAGCUUCCUCUAAACCGAAGUUUUAGUGAACCUGGACCCCCAACUCCGGGCCAUCUCACUCUAAGUCCCCCCAAACGUUGCAAACUGGAUACUCCGAGUGUGAGCUUGCCGACGAGUCCUUGCGCCGAAAGCGCGACUCUCCAGAGGGCCCUCAUCCUGAAAAAGGUCAAAACGGUGGAUCCUGACGGACUCAAGAUCAAACUCGAGGCGGCCAGGCAUGGCCCCAAAUCCUUCAUCGUUUUGGACUGUCGCCCGUUCAUAUCAUACAACGUUAAUCAUAUCAACGGCGCUAUCAACAUCAACUGCUCGGAUAGAUUCAACCGACGAAGGCUGCAACAAGGGAAGGCCACUUUGGCCGAUUUGGCCACGACGAGGGAGGGAAAAGACGUGCUCAAACGGAGGGCCUUCAAGGAGGUCAUCGUCUAUGACGAUAACACGUGUGAUAAAGAAAGGAUUACAACAGCGCAGCCUCUUCUGCUCGUACUGUCCUCCCUCGUCGAAGAUAACAAGGAACCUUCGCUCCUCAUCGGAGGUCACACCGAAUUCCAUCGUAAACACAAGGAUUUGUGCGAAGACACUCUGGUCACCGGUCUAACAUCUCGGGGUUUGCCUUCAUCGGCCUCCUGUCCGGCCCUCGCCGAUAUAGAUUCGCAUCCUGCCUCUCGAGUUCUGCCCUUCUUGUAUCUGGGCAACAGCAAGAAUGCAGCUGACUUGUCUUGUCUACAAGAUCUCGGCACCACCUGCGUUCUUAAUGUUACACCACAGCUGGCCGGGUACCACGAAACCUGCGGGAUCACGUACAAGCAAAUACCUGCCACCGACAACGGACAUCAAAACCUCAAACAGUAUUUUGAAGAGGCUUUCGAAUUUAUCGAGGAAGCGAGGAACAACGGACUACGGGUGUUGGUACAUUGCCAGGCCGGAAUUUCCCGCAGCGCCACAAUAGCGAUCGCUUAUAUAAUGAAAUAUAAACAAAUGUCGAUGGUUGAAGCGUACAAAUUGGUGAAAGCUUGCCGGCCUAUAAUAUCCCCCAAUUUAAAUUUCAUGGGACAACUGUUAGAAUUAGAACAAAGUUUACGUAGUGGUAGCAAUAACAACAAUCAUCAAUGUCGCUGGAGCCAGCAGUCCAGUGAUGAAGUGACACAAGGCUGUAGUGUUUGAAUGCAUUAUAAACAUUAGGGGUUUGGAGUGGAGCCUCACAUUAAAUAAAUUUUAGUCAUUCAACUCGCCAUUUAAUUUGCAUUCUAGUCUAUGAUUGGUGAAGCAUUGAUUUUAGGAAGAGAAAAGCUUUAAUAGUCACGGAUUUAUAGCAGCCUUUGCAGAUUUGGGUAGCUUUAAAUUACUAAUUUAAUGACAUGAUCAAUGCUUUACUGUUUGAGAAAAUGGCUGUGUACCAAUAAAGAUAUUCACUAUAAGAUAGUAUGCAGUAGAAAUUAUGAUUUUGCGUAUUUUUUUUUUUACUUCUAUGCAGCUGGUUUAAAGUGUGGCUAGUGGUAAAGGAAUAUUUAAGUCAUGGAAUGAAGUCAGUGAUUUUGAAGUAGGUCUUGAAUUAAGUCGUCGCAAAAUGAAUUAAUUUCAUAAGCAGACUUCAGUUCUUAGUGUAUUUUAUUUAUUACUUAUAUAUGAAUUUAUAUAUCAAAAACCUAACUAUAUAAAGUUCUACGGGUUAAACUCCCACUAUUAUAUUAUGUCAUAAAAUGUUGCCAUAGUUUAUCAUGAAAUUAAGUCAGUGUUUUAGUUUUUAGUUAGUAAUGAUUAAUCGUAUGUUUUUUAUGUUGAUCUAUAUUUAAAGGACGUUUAUUUGGAAUAUUAUUUUAGUUUUCAAUUAAUAAGGAAGUAUUUUUUGUGACUAGAGAAUCAACAUAUUUAUUGAAAUUGUCGUUGUGAUUUUUCUCAUAGUAUCUUAAGCCCUGGCAUGAACGAUUAGGUAGAAAAAGGUGCGAAAUGAUUGAUGGAUGGUGAAGUACCAGGUCACUAAUUACCAAAUAGGUGCACAUUGUAUAUUUAGCGACACCAUCGCAUUAACAAAAUUGUGCCUUCACUAUUGUUUUGUAAGGAACUUAUUUAUAAAAAUUCAGACUGUCCACAUAGUUGUUUUGUAGUUUUGUUGAAGUCCAUAACUUAUACAUAAUUACAAAAAAUCUUCAAAAAA